GCACUUGCAAAUUGGGGCGGGACUUUUAGGGACACGUCGAGAAGGGGUGAGCCCCGGCGAAAGAAAGCAAACAAGCGGAGAGAAAAGGGGAGUAAUUGACCGUUGGAAAGACACCUCAUUCCAUUUAUUCUCGGUCGUUAGGAAGAGACGGCGAUGAGAUUCCUUUUGGUGGGCUUCGUCGCCCUUCUGGCUGUUUCAGCCUUCAUUCCAAAUGUCUACGCCGAAGAUGAAAUCGAAGACGCACCAAAGGAAACCAAAGAAGAAACAAGAGAGGAAGAUUCGAUCAAGCUCGAUGGACUAUCUGUCUCCCAGAUCAAGGAGCUCCGCUCAAAAGCCGAGAAACACGAAUUCCAAGCCGAAGUAAACCGAAUGAUGAAACUUAUUAUCAACUCUCUCUACAGAAAUAAGGAGAUUUUCCUCCGUGAGCUUAUUUCUAAUGCUUCCGAUGCUCUCGACAAAAUUCGUCUUCUUUCCCUCACCGAUCCAGAGCAACUCCGUGAGACUGAAGAGAUGUCUGUUAAAAUCAAGGCUGAUCGUGAAAACCGCCUUCUUCACAUUACCGACACAGGAGUUGGUAUGACUCGUCAAGAUUUGAUCAACAAUUUGGGAACUAUUGCACGCUCUGGAACUUCAGAAUUCUUAUCCAAACUUAUGGACACUGCCACUUCUUCUGACCAGCAACAAGAUCUUAUUGGACAAUUCGGAGUCGGAUUCUACGCUGCCUUCCUUGUUGCCGACCGUGUUGUCGUAACCACCAAGAACAACGAUGAUGAUCAGUACAUUUGGGAAUCUGAUUCAGCUAGCUUCACCAUCAGCAAAGACCCACGUGGAAACACAUUGAAGCGCGGAACUCAGAUUACAUUGUACCUCAAGGAGGAGGCAGCAGAUUUCUUGGAGCCAGAUACCCUCAAGAACUUGGUGCACAAGUAUUCCCAAUUCAUCAACUUUGACAUUUUCCUCUGGCAAUCCAAAACUGAAAUGGUGGAAGAAGCAGUUGAAGAGGAACCAGCCACCACUGAAGACGGAGCUGUUGAAGAAGAGAAGGAAGAAAAGAAAACCAAGAAGGUUGAGAAGACCACCUGGGAUUGGGAGAAGGUCAACAACGUUAAACCUAUUUGGAUGCGCAAACCAAAUCAGGUCGAAGAAGACGAAUACAAGCAAUUCUACAAGAGUAUCACCAAGGAUUCGGAAGAGCCACUGAGUCACGUGCAUUUCAGUGCUGAAGGAGAAGUUUCCUUCAGAUCUAUCCUCUACGUUCCAAAGAAGUCUCCAAAUGACAUGUUCCAGAACUACGGAAAAGUUAUCGAAAACAUCAAAUUGUACGUUCGUCGUGUCUUCAUCACUGACGAUUUUGCCGAUAUGCUUCCAAAGUAUCUUUCCUUCAUUCGCGGUAUCGUUGAUUCAGAUGAUCUCCCACUCAAUGUCUCCCGUGAAAACCUCCAACAGCACAAACUUCUCAAGGUUAUCAAGAAGAAACUUGUCCGUAAAGUGCUCGACAUGCUCAAGAAACUCGACGGAGCCCAAUUCGAUGACUUCUGGAGCGAGUUCUCUACCAAUAUCAAGUUGGGAGUUAUGGAGGAUCCAUCCAACCGUAUGCGUCUUGCUAAACUUCUCCGCUUCCAGUCUUCUAAUGAUGCUGACAAAACAACUACUCUUGCCGCCUAUGUCGAAAGAAUGAAAGAAAAGCAAGACGCCAUUUACUACAUGGCUGGAACUUCCAGAAAGGAAGUUGAAACUUCUCCAUUCGUAGAGAGACUCAUCGCUAAGGGAUACGAAGUUUUGUUCCUCACCGAAGCUGUUGAUGAGUACUGUAUUCAAGCUAUGCCAGAAUAUGAAUCAAAGAAGUUCCAAAAUGUGGCUAAGGAAGGAGUUACCAUCGAUGAUGGAGAGAAGGCCAAGGAAGCCCACAAGGGUCUUGAAGAGGAGUUCAAGCCACUUACUGACUGGCUCAAGGAAACUGCACUCAAGGAUCUGAUCGAGAAAGCAGUUGUUUCUCAACGUCUUGUCAAAUCACCAUCUGCCCUUGUUGCCUCUUCCUACGGAUGGUCUGGAAACAUGGAGCGCAUUAUGAAGUCGCAAGCUUAUGCUAAGGCAAAGGAUCCAACUCAAGACUUCUAUGCUACUCAGAAAAAGACAUUCGAGAUUAACCCACGCCAUCCAGUUAUCAAGGAGCUUCUCAAGAGAGUCACUGCUUCUGAAGAAGAUACCACCGCUGCUUCUACUGCCAAGCUUCUCUUCGAAACUGCCACUCUUCGUUCUGGAUUCUCACUUCAAGAUCAAGUUGGUUUUGCUGAUAGAAUCGAAGCUGUCCUUCGCCAAUCGCUCGAUGUUUCCCAAGAUGCUCAAGUUGAAACCGAACAGCAUAUUGAAGAGGCUGAACCAGAGCCAGAAGCCGCUGAAGAAACAACGAUUGAGGAGGAGCACUCUGAGCUCUAAACAAUGUAAAACAUCUCCCCAUUCCAUUAGCUUUAUGCACUCGAUGAUAUUGUGAUAAGAUAAGAUAACUUGUGUUGUUUUCUAUUUAUUUAAUGUUGUUUCUCCCCCCACUUCUCAGUCUCAGUACUUCUCGAACACUUUACGGUUCCUUUCCCCUUUUGUGGUUGUAAUUGCAAUAUAUUGCAUUUGAAACUAAAAUAAAAUCUGUUUCAUAUUA